GUGGAGAUUGAAAAAUUGGACUACCACCACUAUUUGCCACUGUUUUUUGAUGGAUUGUGUGAAAUGCAAUUUCCUUAUGAGUUUUUUGCUCGGCAAGGCAUCCAUGACAUGUUGGAGCAUGGUGGGAAUAAGAUCCUUCCUGUCAUUCCUCAGCUCAUUAUUCCAAUAAAAAAUGCGCUGAACCUUCGAAACCGACAGGUCAUCUGCAUCACGCUCAAAGUCCUUCAGCACCUGGUGGUGUCAGCUGAUAUGGUGGGGGAAGCUUUAGUGCCCUAUUAUCGUCAGAUUCUCCCUAUUUUAAACAUCUUUAAGAAUAAGAAUGUGAACUCUGGCGAUGGCAUUGACUACAGCCAGCAGAAGCGAGAAAAUAUUGGAGACUUGAUUCAAGAGACACUGGAAGCUUUUGAGCGCUAUGGUGGUGAAGAUGCUUACAUAAACAUAAAAUACAUGGUCCCAACUUAUCAGUCAUGCCUGUUAAAUUAACAAGAAUGAUGCCACGAGCACUUUCCAGCUCAGUCUAAUGUUUUGGUACUCAUUCCACACCCCCACACCCCCCAACAUACUAAAAAAGCAGCUUCUGGGACCUUAAACUCUUUAGCUCUUCAGUACAAAUGUGAGCCUGUCUUUCCAAUGCAUAAAUAGUGCCUGUUUCUUGGAUUACAAUGGUGUGCUGUGCUUAUUUGUUUGGUGAAAGAAUUGCUUCUUUAUCACAAAAGCAGAGCGGAGCGGGUGUCAGAGUCAAACCUUCAUUUGUACGGACAAUAAAACUAUAAUUUUCAUACGCAA